CAAUGGAGUUGGCGACUGCAGAAACAGUUGAAAAGGCUGUUGAGUGGAUUAAUCAAAACUUUAUUGCAGGGGGCAGUACAAAUAUCUUGCUUCCCCUAAAGCAGGCACUGGAGAUAGUAUCAAAUACUCAUGGUUCGGUUCCUGUCAUUUUUCUUGUCACUGAUGGAGCUGUUGAAGAUGAAAGACACAUUUGUGAAUUAGUGCAAAGUCAUCUAACUGGCAAAGGAUCAAUAUGUCCACGCAUAUACACUUUUGGCAUAGAGAUGAUUCAGCUAUACAUGCAUGGAGUGAAAAACUCAAAGCAUUUUAUUAGCAAUCUGAAAAAGGCUCUGUUAUCUAUAGUAAUGUCAUGUUUGCUUGCGGAAUUUCAAGUUCUAGCUGAUUUUGAGAUGGAAAUGAGGUUUUUAUGA